UUGCCUGGGGAGAUGGUGGGGGGGGGGUGCCAAGCACCCUUAUAAAGGUCCCGGCUGGGGCUCAGGGACGGCCAGUCGCAACCCCCCCACCCCCCUGGCACCCACCCCUGUCUGGAUCCCCCAAAGAAACUUCCUUGGACGAACAUGAAAGCCUUCCUUUGCCUCCUCUUCUUGACCGUCCUGCCUCUGAUCUCCCCGAGCCCGGUUCACUCGCCCCAGGCCUUGCUGGAUCUCUUGGGGGAGGACCUGGCUGCUCUCCUGUCCAACAAUGAGCGGGGCCCCCCCUCGGUCCCCCACGGUUCCUUUGACCAGCUCUUGAGCAGGCGGCACCCCCUCCAGGACCCCCCUGGCGCCUCGCCGGAGCAGGCCUGGCUUCGCCUCUUCAGAGACUUUGUGAACACCCAAAAGAACUUUCGGGGGCGCACCAAGAAAAUGGCCCAGCAAGGGUGCUUUGGGAUCAAGCUCGACCGGAUCGGGACCCUCAGCGGCCUCGGGUGCUAAUGGUUUCAUGCCCGUGACGAAGCCCGGACAGGGCGGAACAGCCCCCCAGCCCGACAAAAGCACCGCUGUGCUCGCGACCCCCUGCUCUGCCUGCCACUCUGCAUAACCCGAUGCCGUUCCCUGGCAUGGCCCGACCUGGCCCACCUCUCUCCAGGCAAAGCCCAGGGUCAGCUACACUGCACGCGGCCAUUCGGUUCCGUUGCGGCUGCCCCUUGUAACCAAUUGGAAAAGAUUUUAAUUUGUAAAGAAAUAAAGAUUUCUCU